AUGCGAUGCUUCCUGAAGCGCUCCCUUACCGCUGCGCUUGCAGCCUCCUUCCUCCUCCUCUUCCUCCUCCUCCUCCACGGCGGCAGCCGGCAGGAUCCCAUCCAGGUGGAGCUUAGGGGCCUAGCCCCUGAUGCGGUCCUGCAGAUGCUGCAGCCGGAAGGAGCCCUCCGCAUCCUCAGGGACACAGAUGUCCUCUCUGUGCUCCACAAUGUCUCCUACCACCUCCUUGCUGGCACCCCAUCACCCCACAAAAAAUUCUUGGCAGUGGGAUUGGCGUCAGUGCGGCGGCCGCGUGGCUAAUACCUCCCUGCCACACUCCAGUCCCUCUUCAAGCAGUCGACGGAAGAGGAGCUGCAGGAGAUGGUGGUGGUGGUGCACCUGGCUGACACAGAUCCCAGAUGGAACAUGCAUGUGGCCGCUGACAUUGCCCACAAGUUUGCUCAUCACAUCCUCCUGGGCCGGCUCCUGCUUAUCCACGCUCCCCAUGAGUUCUACCCCACCCUGGAGGGCCUCAAGAGAAACUACAAUGACCCAGAGGAGCGGGUAAGGUUCAGGUCCAAGCAGAACGUGGACUAUGCCUUCCUCCUUGCCUUUGCUGCCAACCUCUCCUCCUACUACUUGAUGAUUGAGGAUGAUGUGUGGUGCGCCAAGUCCUUCUUGACAGCCAUCCGCAAGGCACUGGCUUCCCGGGAAGGCUCCAACUGGGCCACCCUUGAGUUCUCCAAGCUGGGCUACAUUGGUAAGCUCUACCGCUCCAGUGACCUUCCUCGCCUGGCUCGCUUCCUCCUCCUCUUCUACCAGGAGAUGCCCUGUGACUGGCUGCUGGUCCACUUCCGCCUCCUGCUCACCCAGAAGGACAUCAUCCGCUUCAAGCCCUCCCUCUUCCAGCACAUGGGCCUCUACUCCUCCUUCCAGGGCACAGUCAACCGGCUGGAGGACGAUGAGUUUGAGGCCAAUGCCUUGGACCUUCCAGAUAACCCACCGGCAGUCUUGUUCACCAGCAUGUCCGUCUUUGAGAACUAUGAGCCCCUCAAAGCUUACAGUACAGCAGAGGGGUAUUUUUGGGGGAAAAACCCAGUAGCUGGCAGCGUCUUCUCCAUUGUCUUCCAGCAGCCGGCCCGCGUCACCCAUGUCCGGGUGCGCACGGGGUCCAAGGAGCGCCAGGGUGAUUUCCUACACGCAGGGGUGCUGGAGCUGGGCUGGCGGCGGCGGGCUGACCAUCGGGACUGCUCUGCCUACACCACCAUGGGCGCCUUCGAGAAGGGGACCUUUGAGCGCUGGGGGCUGGAGAAGGCUGUGCCCAACCCCGUGGAGUGCGUGAGGAUCCGGGUAACCCGGGACCAGAGCGAGUGGCUCAUCAUCCAGAGCAUCGACAUCUGGACCAUGGCAGGCACCUGACCAGGAACAUGGCGGGUUGCCAAAGCGGUUGGACUUUGUACUGAGUUCCUUUAUUUUUUUUUUGGAUAAGGAAUUAA